AUGAGAGAGCAGGAAGCCGAACGCAGCAGGACCACUCCGCAGCAACCGCAGUCCUCCCCUUUGGAGAGCCAGGUCCUGCCCUGCUGCGGCAGGAGAUGGCGGCCUUCCAGGCGCGCUUCUCCGUCCUGGAAGGCAGGGUUCUGGGUCCCCCCUCGCGGCGCCGAAGCCCCCAGCGGUCCAAAGGGCCUCUUAUGCGGCUGCGGCUGCAGCGGCACCCCCGCCCAGAAGGGAACCACCGAGCAAGCCCCCUAUCGAGGCGCCGAACGGGCCGCCCAGCCAAACCCCAAGGCCGCAAAAGCGGUCCGAGCGCAAAGGACCCCGGUGCCAACAGCGGCACCGGUCCCGUCGGCACCAGUGGCGGCGACACGCCUUCCGAAGUCGACUCCGUCUGCGGCCCCUACCUCUCCUGCCACUGAGUCUGAGUGGCAAGUGGUGGGGGAGAAGAAAAAGAGACGGAGGGCGGCCAAAGCGGCCAAAAAGAAGGCCCAAAGACGGUGGCGCAGAGAGCGAGCCGCUGCGGCGCAACUCUGCGCCCCCAAGACUGCAGCAGAAGUACUCACGCAACAGCCGGACGCGGUCAAGAGGGGCGUGUCGUACCGCGACGUGCUCGCUAAAGCUAAGGAGGCGGUAAGCCUAGCCGAGCUGGGCAUCACCGAGGGCCUUCGGCUCAGGGUGACCACAACGGGCGCCCGAAUGCUGGAGUUAUAUUAG